UUGCUCCCGUUAACUGUCGAUUCCGGUCCGCGUAUUUUUACGUGGACUUCACGGCAUUGCGUCACGUUGGUGAAUUUGAAGAGAUGCUACCGAGAGGCGCAUCCGUCCGCUUACGAUAAACAAAUCUGCGCCAGUUACUUGAAUUUGCGCGAACGUUGCUAAGGAAUUAACGGUAACGAGGGGUUUAAAGACGCGAUAUAUUAAAGAAAUCACCGAAGUGGAUCACAUCAGCGCGUGUGUGUGUGUAUACACACACACACGGUUAUACUCAGGUGGGCCAAACGUUUUGCGCGUGGCGUCGGUGAUAUAACCCCCGGUUCGCGCGGCUCGGGAUGAUCGGUGAGGCUCAUGAACUCACUCUUCCGUUCGAUAUCCGCACCAUCCCGGGGUGUGACCGAUAGACACGGGAACGCCGCUGCGCCUAUGGCGGGUCCCGCAUUCACCGGAGCGCACGGGACCUGGAUCACAUCCCGGUUACGGGAGGACGCGUCAUCUUCCUCAUCGUUAUCGUCGUCGUCGUCCGCAGAGAAACCGCGCAAACGGAGAGCCUUUAACCUGGUCAAACUGCGGCAGCCCACCGCCCCCGGUAACAACAACACGCCGUUUGUGAUCUCCGGUCACAUCAAGCACAUCUGCAGUAACUGCAGCCGCGGGAAUGACAUCCGGGACGAGGGUGCCGAGCGUCUGGCGGCGAUGCGCUCUGAUUCGCUGGUUCCCGGGACGCACACGCCUCCGAUCCGCAGACGCAGCAAACUGGCCAGUCUGGGACGACUCUUCAAACCGUGGAAAUGGAGAAAGAAAAAGAGCGACAAGUUCAAGCAGACGUCUGCAGUGCUGGAGAGGAAGAUGUCGACGCGUCAGAGCAGAGAAGAGCUCAUCAAGAGAGGCGUGCUGAAGGAAGUGUAUGAGAAAGAUGAGGUCAGCGUCGACGGCGGCCGCAUGUGUGUGAGUGAUCUGGACAGACAGACGGUCAUCAGUCCAGUGUCAGAGUCUGCAGACACCAGCGUCACAGCGACAGUGUCGUUCUCAGAGGUCCAGUCGUCUGGAGAAACUGCGGCGUGUCUCUCGGAUCUCGUCCCAAAGCCAUCUCAAGCCCCGCCCUCUGUGAAGCCCUCGCCGUUGCCUAGCGACAGCGCUGACAUCACUCACGUGAGGCCGUCGUCGCUGAAGCAGCCUCCUGCCUUACUGCCGAAGCCAUACAGCCGGAUCCCCAACCAUCUGACAGAGACACUGGCCAGACUGUCGCCGCCUCUGCCUCCAAAGAAAGUGAUGAUCUGUGAGCCGGCGCCCUCGUUUCCCCUCAAAUGCCUGCCGUCCCAGGGCUCGCACACACACACACACACACUCACACACACACACUCGCAGCAGUACGCCACACUGCCACUGUCACUGCAUCCACCCAGCCGCAUCAUAGAGGAACUCAACAAAACACUCGCGCUCACCAUGCAGAGACUCGAGAGCUCUGUACUGCAGGCGGUGCCAUCUGUCCUGAUGGAGACGGAAGCGGAGAAGGAGAACAGAGAUUCAAUGCACCAAACCAACACACACACACUCAUCACACAUACCUUCAGCACGCACGAGGAAGAGGACGAGGAAGAGGAGGAUGAUGACGACUCGCUGUUUACAAGUACGCUUGCUUUAAGGAUCUUACGGAAAGAUUCGCUGGCAAUCAAACUGAGCAAUCGCCCGUCGAAGAGAGAACUGGAGGAUAAAAACAUCCUACCCAUGAUGACCGACCAGGAGCGGCUGGAGUCCAGACAGCAGAUCGGCACCAAACUCACCCGUCGUCUGAGCCAGAGACCGUCAGCAGAAGAGCUGGAGCAGAGGAACAUCCUCAAACCGCGGAACGAGCAGGAGGAGCUGGAGGAGAAGCGCGAGCUGAAGAAACGGCUCUCCAGGAAGUUGAGUCAGAGGCCCACCGUGGAGGAGCUCAGAGAGGCCAAGAUUCUCAUCCGCUUCAGCGAUUACGUGGAGGUGGCAGAAGCUCAGGAUUACGACCGGCGCGCGGCCAAACCCUGGACCAGACUCACUGCUGCUGAUAAGGUUCAUCUCCAUCACCCUGAGCUUCUCUGACUAAAUAAAAACUUGAUGCUUUCACGUUUGAAAAUUAAAGCAU